UCUAGUACAAACGAGUACUCUGUACGCUUUGUGUUCCUUCUGUUAUUUGGUUUAGGCCACCGACGUAUAGACGUAUCCUCAAGUUGACGAUAUAUUCGUAAUAAGAACAGCACAUGCGAAACGAAGGCCAAAACGAAACGCAGCCAACAGCAUAGUAGAAAUACAUAAGCAUCAGCAUAGGGCAAAGGCCAGCCAACGACAAGAAAGAGCACGAAAAGUGAAAAUACAUAACUGGAAAGGAAACUUGCACACAGGCAGAAAAAGGAACAUAGCCGGCAGCCAACGAGCCACCGAGCCAACGAACGUCAGGGCCAGCGCAUAUGUGAAACGGCGGCGACAAAGGCUAACGUACGACCUUUUGGCUUCGAGUUCAGUAACUGCAGUAACCACAGCAGACAGCAAAUAGCAGCCAUAAAAACAAGGAUCAAUUCGAACUAAAACUCCAUAUCGAACUCCAAAUAGAACAGUUUGUUGCAGCAGCGCCAAAAGCCACCAAAAUUCACUCGCAAAUUAUGCUGGCCAUGUCCACCCUGAUGAUGCCAGCACCGACUAUAGCCAUGGGUGCUCCCCAGAUCACCAUGGGUCCGCAUAAGCCUCCGGAAACCAAACUGUUGGCCAUUCAUCCAGCUGCAGCGGCGGCUGCUGCUGCUCAACAGCAGCAGCAACAACAACAGCAGCAGCAGCAACAGCAACACCAGCAAUCGGUGGCAGCUGCUCAUCUUCAGCACAAUGGCCAGCAACAACAAAUGCCCCAACAGCAACAGUCCGCAGUCCAGCAGCAGCAGCAACAACAACAACAGCAGCAACAUCAUCAGCAGCAACAACAACAGCAGCUUGUUGCCAGCAACUCAAAGCCAGAACAGUUUCACAUUUUUGUGGGUGAUUUGAGUGCCGAAAUUGAAACGCAACAGCUGAAGGAUGCAUUCACACCAUUUGGAGAAAUAUCAGACUGCAGAGUUGUGCGCGAUCCGCAGACAUUGAAAUCAAAGGGCUAUGGUUUUGUCAGCUUUGUUAAGAAAUCGGAAGCAGAAACCGCCAUCACUGCCAUGAAUGGCCAGUGGCUUGGCUCCCGUUCGAUACGCACCAACUGGGCCACACGUAAGCCGCCAGCAACAAAGGCAGACAUGAACGCUAAACCCUUAACCUUCGAUGAGGUUUACAAUCAGAGUAGCCCCACCAAUUGCACUGUCUAUUGUGGUGGAAUUAAUGGAGCUCUCUCUGGUUUCCUAAACGAAGAUAUAUUGCAGAAGACCUUCUCUCCAUACGGCACAAUACAGGAGAUCAGGGUAUUCAAAGACAAAGGCUAUGCAUUUGUGCGCUUCUCAACCAAAGAGGCCGCCACCCAUGCCAUUGUGGCCGUUAACAAUACGGAAAUCAACCAGCAGCCAGUGAAGUGCGCGUGGGGCAAGGAGAGCGGUGAUCCCAACCACAUGUCGGCCAUUGCCGGCCAGGCUCUUGCCCAGGGCUUUCCGUUUGGGUCGGCCGCAGCUGCUGCCGCUGCAGCGGCUGCCUAUGGACAGCAGGUGGCCGGCUAUUGGUAUCCACAGGCUCCAACAUAUCCCCCAGCAGCGCCGGCCAGUACCUUGCAGCCGGGCCAAUUCCUGCAGGGCAUGCAGGGCUUCACCUACGGUCAAUUCGCGGGCUACCAGCAGGCCGGUUAUAUGGGAAUGGGCGUUCAGUUGCCUGGCACCUGGCAAAGUGUGCCACAGCAGGCCCAACUGACCAGUGCCACAGCUGGCACUGCUCCACAGAUAACACAGAGUGUGGGCAGUGCAUUGCCUCAAGCCACAGGAGUUGUGGCAUAUCCCAUGCAACAGUUUCAGGUCAGUCCGCAGCUGGCGGAGGAUGAGUGGUUGGCACCCAGUUUGCUUGUGUAGCUACCAUGAGGGGUGGCC